AUGUUGAGGGUAAAAGGUGAUGAAUUACAUGGUAUACGCAAGAGAGGAAGCGUAGAGAAACCGAAACCACAAGAAAAACUUGCAAUCCUGGACUCUCAUAAUCUAUGGGAACAUCCUUCCGUUCCAGCCAAGCCGCAUCCUAACUUCCCAGAUCCACUCCCUUCUCAGUCCAGCCGUCGCCUAAAGGGCAGCUCCUUCCGCUCAACGCUCUCACCGGCAAAGUCAUAA